UAAUUGAAUGUAAACUGUAAACAUAACUGUCCACCCAAGUUUGUAUUUGAUUGGUUAUGUUAUUGAUUGUUAUUGUUUACUUUUUACUAACGUGUGUUUGUCCGAAUUUUUAAGGUUCAUAUUGUAGACUGGAGUAGCUAUUUUCUGCAUACCCUAUUAACCUAUUUGGUUGAAGCUAAUCAAUGUUCUAGUUCUAUUACAAACAAUCAUAAGGCUAAUAGACUAUUUUAAUAGAUAAGGUUGACUCUUAGAGGUUUUUUUUAUUAGGUUGGUCUUUAAGUUCUGUAAAUGCCAACAUAUUAACUAGGAAUUGAAGUACAGUCAGUAGUUAUGGAGAAUAUUUCUAAAAAGACACUACUAGAAACUGUUGAUACUGCAAUUGAAUACUCUGCAAAAUUAGGAAAGAAUUUAAAUUCUGUUUUAGGAGCAGAACAGCAAGUGAAUGAGACUGCAGAAGAAAGUUUAGCAGAGAUUGAUGCAGCCUUUGACGAACUCACAAAGUCCGUACUGGAUGCACUCAACAAAAGGAGGGAGACUCUUAAGAAGACAAUCUGCAGUAUCAGAGAGGAGGGUCUGACACCUCUCAAGGGUUGCAGAGAAAUUAUCAAACAGACUCUGAAGAAUACCCAGUGCUACAUCUGCGAGGGACAAGAUCUUCUGGAUUUGUGUGAUAAAGAUAGAAUAGAUUCCGACCGAUGCCUCAAAUUUCUUGAUCAGUCUUCUCUCCUUGGAAGCCUUCCUGCUGUACCCAACAUGGAGGAGGUACCGGCCAUCACAUUUCAGCUGAACUUGGACAGCCUUCAGUCCAGCCUGGUCUCAAGCAUACUGUCUGCUGGAGAAGUUUCCAGGAUGGGACCCGUCCAGAUAACAUCCGUCCUUGAGAAGCCCGGAGCUCUGCUUGUACAUUGGGAAGAGGUGGAGGACAGAGGAGUGGAUGACCACACAUACCUGCUGCAGCUGGCGGCAGGCUUCCACCCCACCCCAGUGCCUAACAGGUCCGCUGCCGUGUACCGAGACGUGUACCGGGGUCCUGAUACCAGUUGUGUGGUGCGAGACGUGAGGCCAGGGGCUCCUUACACGCUCAGAGUCUGUGGGUGUGGAGAGCAAGGCCAGUGGGGAGCCUGGAGCCUGCCACGCCUUGCCACCACCCACCAGCUCGCAUUCCGAUGGUCUGACACCAACCCACACUACAGCACUAGUGUGGAAGGAAAGAUAGCCACUAAGCUGGACAACGUAGUUUUGCUCCUGUCUUCCAUAGGGAAACAAUUCGGCCCUCAGCACUCUAUAGAGUUUACGGUACUGGAAUGUCCAGAACACAGACAACCCUGUGAGGGAGUUGGGGUGGCAGAUCUACUGGAAGAGACAAACACACUGGUGCAAAGAGGAUGUGUGGCCCUCAGUGCAUUUGGGUCCAUAUACGUGGAUGGAGUUGAGAAGACUACGAAGCUGCCUGCGCUCACAAGAGGCUCCCGGGUGACAUUCACAUGUGAGCCAUUGACGGCUAAUCGCGUGAGACUGCAGGUGGACAGCGGCAACAAAGCUGUCACUUACGACUGGCGCGUUUCUAACACAACACUCAGUUUCAUCGCACUCUGCACCCAGCCAGGCUGGAAACUCAUGGUGGAGUAACAUUGGGAGCUGUAAAUCUAAAUGUUUCUAAUUUUAUUUAAGAAAAUAUAAUUUAGAUAAAUUGUCAAAUAGUAAACUAUUACUAGCUUCUUUCUACCAGUUUUAUCUACGUCAAUACUAGUGACAUUUUUAUCAGGUAUUUGAAGUUAACAAUUUAAAGCCUUUUGUCAGAUAAAUUACCAUCUGUAUGGAAUGAGUGUGGGUGUCCUGCAUAGUCUUGUUACUAUCAAUUCUUGCUGAUUCUUAAACAGAUUAAUAAUUUAAGAACCCAGUGACCAAAAGGAUCUCCUAAGGAUCUGUUGUUUAUUUGAAUGCAGUAUAACAAGUGUAGGUAAUUUUUUAUUUUAGACAUUAUGCUUUUUUACAAAUUCUCUGACAUCAACUGUUUCAGAUCCUUCUCUAUUAUGUAGACAGAUAUUUUGGCAUUAUAACUUCUGUAUAAUGCCAAAAAAAUUUGAAUGCAGAUUAUAAUAAGUUUCAUUUAAUACAUCCUAAACUGAAGUGUUCAUGAACUGAAUAAAUGUAAAGAUUUUUCACAUUAGUAUAAAACUGAAAUCAAAAUAAAAUACUCCAAUUAAUUGUUUGUUGUAUAUUCAAUAAUUAGCACUUAUUACUGAUUAAUGUCCAAAGUGGUAUUUGGCUUUGCCAAACAACCUGCCAUCACUUCAUUCGAUAUCCCAUAUCUUCUCCACUGUCUCUCGUCUAAUUCAUGUCAAUAAGCACUUGGUCUUUUCAUUUUAGGUGCCCAGGAAGUCUUCUCCAUCAAGGUAUUCUUCCCAAAUUUGCUAGAUUAAAGUGCCAUCUCUCUUUCUUAUUGUCUGUUGGUCCUCCAUAAACGUCAGCAUUUGGUUUUGGCUGUACUGUUAGAUGUUUUUAAGAGAUUGUGUUGUUAUAUUUUAUACUCCACAAUUUGUUUUCUCAUGUUGGACCAAAGACUUCUUAGUACUAUAUUUUCAAAAUUAAUCAGCAUUUCUGCUUUCAAGAACUUAUGACUCCGUUCCAUGCGGAAGGAUUGGUCUUAUUGUUGUUUUGUAAUUUUGUUUCAUACAAAACAAAACCAUAAUUAUUACUAUACUAAUUAAUAACAUAAUCAGUGUUUUAAUUUCAUUAAUUUAUAUUUACUAAAAUAGCUUGGUUAGUUGUAAAUAAAUAUUGUUUUCUUGUAUUAAAUAAUUGUUUACAGUUUUAAAUUCUUCUUGUGUAUAUAAUGUUGAAUUUAGUUGUUUUUGUUUCGUUGUUAGAUCGAUGAAUCAGUAUGUGUAGAGACAUUAUACAAUAUUUAACCAUUUUUAUUUCUUACUUUAGAAUGGUAGCCUAUUGUUGCCAACUAGUUGUCUAAUUUAUACAGCAUUUGUAUUGCCAUUUUAAUUUUCACUAUAAUACAUAAACUUGUUCACAAUAUGUUUACUAUUAUUUACUAUGUGAAUAGUAUAAAAUAAAUAAUACUUUAUUUUCCAGUUCUUCUCUAAUGUGAGAGGUUUUAACUAUAACAGUGGCAAUGUACUGUUAUAUUCUGAUUACAGACCAUUUACCAUUUUUUGGUUGAUGGAUGGCAUUCAACAGAUGGUUGUUGAUUUUUUUGCUAAUUUUUUAUGCUUGAAAUACCAAUCAAUAUAAUUCAAUCAGUAUUUGAAACAUACAUCUCUAUUCUGGUUACACACACUAUGGCCACUAAUAAUUUUUUAGGACUUUACAAUGUCAAAGAAGCAAAUAAUUUGUAUUAAAACAUAUUCUCAUUCUAAUUUUAAAGAAGUCCUUACUAAUUUAUUUGAACAAUUUUGUAUUAACAUCUGACUUAUAGUCUUCUUAAAUUGUUAAAGAUGAAAACUUAUAAUUUCCUAUGGUAAUUUGUUGUGUAGUUUAAUGUUCUAUAUUCACAAUUUUUCCAAGGUAUUUUAUAUUUACAGUGUUGCAUUCUCAGAAUACUUAACUUCUUGUUGGUGCCAAUGGACUGAAUUAUUUUGUGGAUAUAAAUGUAGAUUUUCUUUAGUGCAUAUCAAACUUUUUUUUAAACAACAAUGAAGGAAAUGUAAUGACUUGUAAUGUUUGAAAAAGUGGCUUGCAAAGCAAGGGCUUUAACAUUGUACUCCCUAAAUUAUACAUAUGGCUUUCAUUUGCAUCUUGAAGAUUUUACUUAAAAUAUAUGACUGUCCCCAUAUUAAUAUUCCAUAUUAAUAGUCCUUAGUAAAGGACUCAAUUUUGUAAUAUACAAUUUUACUUUUAUAAUGUAUUGCAUUUUAAGCUUGACACCAUGUUAUUUCUUGAAGAAAUUAACAAUAAAGAAUUCUUUGAUUUGAUUUGAUUUUAAUAUUCCAAGACUAAACAUGAAUAAAUUUGUAAGAGAACAUCUUCAAGAUCACUGUAUUUUGUUUUUUGAAUGUCCUUUAUUCAGUUUUUUAAUGAAGAAGUUUGUAUUUUCAUUCUAAGGAAAGUAACAGUUAAGUAUCCUAACUAAGAAUUUGAUGGGUCAUUUUUUUAAAGUUGUCCAUAGUUUAUGUGAACAAAUCAAAUUAAUUUUGUGGAAUUUUUUCUAAUUUAUGAUAACUUUAUUAACAUUACUCUAAAUAAUAAAUUUAUAAGUUGUAACAGAACAAUUUUUCUUUAAUUAAGUAUAAUUUUAAUUCCUGUGUCAUCUGCAUAUAGAAACCAAACAACAGUUAGUAUAGUAUUAUUAUGAAUGCCAUUUACACGAAUUUUAAAGGGUAGGGAACCUAUAUGAGAAAAUGUUAUUAUUAUAAUAUUAAAUAUUGUUAUUUAAUGA